AUUGGUGGAAGCUUGAGAGGCUUGUCGGAGGGCUUCAGUUCCGUCUGCUCUGACGCAAGAUACUUUACUUGUACAGCCGACUGCAAGCAGCUACCUCGUUGUUUCACUCAAUCACAUAUUCUGUAAUUACGGUUUGAUUUCAUAUGGUCGCGGAAUCCUAAUUUGAAGAAACUAACGCGGUGUUAACUGUUCGCAUUUCCCCUGUCAUGUCACAGAAGUUCUAACGUUAACGUUAGAGUUGCAAUAUCUGUCUGUCACACACUCAUACAAACACUGCAAACAAGCUAACGUUAGCAAGUUGGCGGAGUUCAGGCCACAUCAACUGGGAAACUGAAUUAAGUUUACCACAAAGCUCACAGGUACACUGAUAAUCAUUACAUAGUUUGCUGUAAUCUGGGGAUACCAUGUUACGGCUCAUUAGACCCCAGAACCAGAGCUUGAGGGGCUGGUCUUGUAGUCAGAAACGUUACCAUCACCGCAAAUAUGUGAUGGCCAUCCGCCGUGAGGACAUCAAUGUAUGGGAGCGGCGGGCACCCUUUGCCCCACGGCAUGUGAAGGAGAUUACUGCCGCAGGACACAAAGUGCUUGUACAGCCCUCCAAUAGACGGGCCAUCCAUGAGAAAUACUACGAAAGAGCUGGAGCCGUCAUUCAGGAGGACAUCUCUGAGGCAUCCCUUAUCAUCGGGGUCAAGAGACCACCUGAGGAGAAGGUGUACCCUCAUAAGACGUAUGCUUUCUUCUCUCAUACCAUCAAAGCACAAGAGGCAAACAUGGGCCUUCUUGAUGACCUUCUCAAAAAGGAAGUCCGCCUGAUUGACUAUGAGAAGAUGGUGGAUCCCAACGGCUUCCGCAUUGUUGCCUUUGGUCAGUGGGCAGGUGUAGCAGGUAUGAUUAACAUCCUACAUGGCCUUGGACUGCGCUUCCUUGCCUUGGGACAUCACACACCGUUUAUGCACAUUGGGAUGGCACACAACUACAGAAAUGUCAGUCAGGCUGUACAAGCUGUGAGGGACUGUGGGUACGAGAUAUCUCUCGGUCUCAUGCCCAAGUCGAUUGGCCCUCUUACAUUUGUUUUUACUGGAACAGGCAAUGUCUCCAAGGGUGCACAAGAAAUCAUAAACGAGCUUCCCUGUGAAUUUGUGGAGCCCCAUGAACUGAAGGAUGUCUCUUUAUCAGGAGACAUGACCAAAGUGUACGCCACAGUUCUCAGUCGACACCAUCACCUGAUCAGGAAAAGCGAUGGACUUUAUGACCCACUGGAAUAUGAACAUCACCCUGAGCUCUACACCUCCCACUUCAGAGUCAGCGUGGCCCCUUAUGCCACUUGUCUGAUAAAUGGGAUCUACUGGGACCCCCAUACCCCCAGGUUGCUCCGCCGGCUCGAUGCCCAGCGGCUCAUGCGACCCAUCAAGCUUUCAGCCCAUGCAACUGAGGGCUCACCUGGUCUGCCCCACAAGCUGCUGGCCAUCUGUGACAUCUCCGCAGACACAGGAGGCUCCAUCGAGUUCAUGACAGAGUGCACCACCAUUGAUAAGCCAUUCUGUAUGUAUGACCCAGACCAACAUAUAGACCGUGACAGUGUGGAAGGCAGCGGCAUCCUUAUGUGCUCCAUUGAUAACUUACCUGCUCAACUGCCUAUUGAGGCUACAGAGUACUUUGGAGACCGAUUGUUCCCCUACAUUUGGGAGAUGCUCCCGUCAGAUGCAAAUAGACCACUUGAUGAAGAGGACUUUUCCCCACAAGUGAAAGAUGCAGUGAUAACAUCUAACGGGAAACUAGCUCCAAAGUUUGAAUACAUUGAGAAACUUAGGGAAAGAAGGGAAUCGGAGCAGAUCCUGAAGAAAGGUGGAAUGAAGCGUGUUCUGUUGCUUGGGUCCGGAUAUGUGUCUGGACCGGUCAUUGAGUACCUGACCCGGAACCCUGGCAUUCAGGUCACUGUAGCCUCGGUGCUGUUGAGCCAAGCUGAGGAGCUGGCCAGUAAAUACCCCAACACCAUUCCCGUCAUGCUGGAUGUGACCAGUCAGGAGGGCCACAUGGAGUCCCUCAUCAAAGACCAUGACCUAGUGAUCAGCAUGCUGCCGUAUGGGUAUCACCCGGUGGUGGCCAAGCACUGCAUCCAUAAGAAGGUGAACCUGGUCACAGCCAGCUACCUGAGCCCAGCCAUGAAGGAGCUGCAGAAGAGUGCUGAGGAGGCUGGUAUCACCAUAGUGAAUGAGAUGGGACUGGACCCUGGCAUCGAUCACAUGUUGGCUAUGGAGUGCAUUGACCAGGCCAAGGCAGACGGAGCCACUGUGGAAUACUACACCUCUUUCUGUGGGGGUCUCCCAGCCCCAGAGUGCUCAGACAACCCGCUGCGUUACAAGUUCAGCUGGAGUCCCUACGGCGUUCUCCUCAACACCAUCAGCCCAGCCAUCUUUCUCAAGGACAAUGAGGUGAUCAAUAUCCCAGCAGGAGGUUCCCUGAUGGAGUCCACUGUGCCGAUGGACUUCUUGCCAGGCUUCAACCUGGAGGGCUUCCCCAACCGCGACAGCACCAAGUAUGCCGAGCCCUACGGCAUCCAGUCCGCCCACACGCUGGUCAGGGGAACAUUGCGCUUCAGGGGCUUCUCGCGUGCGAUGAGUGGUUUUGUGAAGCUGGGCCUGAUCAACACAGAGCCGUGCCCCAUGCUGCACCACACUGCUGUCCCGGUGUCAUGGAAAGCCUUGCUGUGCCAGCAGAUUGGGCUGCCCUGCUCUGUUGGGGAUGAUGCCUUUCAGGAGGCUGUGUACGAGCACAUCGACAAGGACGACUUCCGCAUGGAAAUGCUGAAAUGGUUUGGAAUGUUAAGUGAAGAAGCAGUGCCCCAUGCUGACAGCAUCCUGGGAGCAGUGGCUAAGCACCUGGAGGCCAGGCUGGCUUUUGACCAAGGUGAGAGGGACAUGAUCAUCAUGAGGAAUGACGUGGGUAUCAGGCACUCUUCAGGAGAGCUGGAGACCAAGCACAUCGGCCUGGUGGUUUAUGGGGAGCCGAACGGCUUCUCUGCCAUGGCUAAAACCGUGGGCUAUCCUGCUGCCAUCGCUGCUCAGAUGGUUCUUAAUGGUGAAAUCACAACAAAAGGGCUUGUCGUGCCGAUGACCAAGGAUAUCUACGGCCCUGUUCUCACCAGACUGAAGGAAGAGGGCCUCCAGUUCACCACCAAAACCACCCUCAUAGAGUAGCCCUGUGUGAAGCCACUCUCAUUAGCACGCACGUCUGCAUCAGAGGGGGAGACAGACCACACACCCAGUAUAUUGUUCCUUUCAGCACACAGCCACAUAAGAAAACGUUAUGUCAGCCUUGUCCCUCUUGGGAACUCAGACAUAUUCAUUUCCAUGCUGCCUUCUUUGAGUUUGACCCAAACAGACAAAUAGAAAAGACACCACAGACCUGUACACGAUGCCGUAGAGACAGAGGAAUGGCUAGCACACUGGGAGACUGAAAAAUGGCUUUACAGAAUUUAGUCUGUCUGAUUAGAGGGAUACAACCAGAAAACAUUGAUUUUGCUUUUCACUACAAGUACUGUAUGUUUCCAGUCAUGAACAUGCGUUAUUUAUCAAAUUAAUAAUGAAGCCUUUUGAGUCAAAUCCAGACACUACUUGUCAAUUAAAAUAGUUAGACUGGAAACAUACAGUACUUGUAGUGAAAAGCAAAAUCAAUGUUUUCUGGUUGUAUCCCUCUAAUCAGACAGACUAAAUUCUGCAUUAAAUAGGAUUUACACUGGUGGCCCUGUUUUAUUAACCAAGCAGAUCUGAUUAAACAUAAGCUAGUAAGAUGCCAAGCCCCUGUUGAGCAGGCGUUUCAGUUUGACAUUCAUUUAAAAUUUUCUCUCCAAUAGUUUAACCUCUACAGAUCAGAUAUGUCUGUAUCUUUGUAUUUUGUCAGGGUGAAUUUUCCAAGUUGAAGGUCAAAAACUCAAGCUCAAAGUGUUUGUGCAAAGAGAUUUUAAAUCAAGGCUCUUCUUUACAUUUAUCUGAAGUAAGUUUAGAAUAAGCAUUUUUGACACCAUAUUUGAAUUUACAGUUAAAAUGAAAUUCAAGCAUUUUAAACCUUUUACAAUGUAAAAUAUAAUUGGAUUGUGUUGUAUGGUGAUAAUUAGUGGCAUAAGCAGCCAUUCUUCUUGGCAUCCUGCCAUUGUUAAACCUUUCAAUGUUUUUGAGCACUUAAUGCAACAAUGGUGGUCAGAAAAACCAUGUGUUCGCACAGGCAUGUGAAAUCAAAAAUCACAGAAUUUUGACACUGGAAAUGACAGACUGGUUACUAAUUUACUGGUUACAGCGCUGGAAAAAAUUGCCACAAUUUGCACAUUUUUCUGAUGUCAUCCUACGGUUGCUGACUGACAUUUGAAUGAGUUGACGGUCAUAUUUAAAUUUGCAGUAGUCUCUAAAUGUUGAAUAUGACCAUCAACUCAUUUGAAUGUUACUCAGCAUACAGCAACCAUAGGAUGACAUCAGAAAAAUGUGCAGUGGUCUCUUCAUUUUUUUCCAGAGCUGUAUGUAUUGUCAGGGGGUGAAUGGAUGUAGACUUGACUGGUAGUAAGCAUGCAACUGUAAAAGUAAACCAUACAGUGUGUCCCACUAGACUGUGAUGGGACAGAUGAAAUAGCCAUUACCAAGAGAACAAUGAACCAGAGGGUCCCUCCUUUAUCACACUGAAAGUUCCCUUCACAAGGCCACUGUGGCCAUCUGGCUUUAUGUUAAUUAUUGCAACAAGUACAAUAAUCCCCCAUCCUACUACUACUGCUGUUAUUCAAGGUGUUGACAAUCGAUCAUUUGCUCUCUCAUAAGUGUUGUUUAGUGAAAUGUAUAAAUAAAGUAUUUAUAUUUGGUUACCUAUCGAAAAUCA